AUGGUUGCCGAUGAAAAUGGCAAGAGCGUCGAAAGUCAAGUCCGCACAAGUUCAAGCAUGUUCCUUCAGCUGUCUCAGGAUGAAAUUGUUUCUCGCAUUGAGACGAAGAUUGCUGCAUGGACUUUUCUCCCACAAGGUAUUUUUGUACUGCCCAAUUACGCUCAGUUGAUUAUCAUUUUCGUCAUGAACUUCUUAUCAUUGUUGUUGAAUCUAUUAUAUCUAGAGAAUGGGGAGGCUAUGCAGAUUCUACGUUACGAGCUCGGCCAAAAGUACGAACCCCAUUUCGAUUUUUUUCAUGACGAGAACAACUUAAAAUUAGGGGGUCACCGGGUGGCUACUGUUCUUAUGUACUUGUCGAACGUGGAGAAAGGUGGCGAGACAGUUUUCCCUAAGUCGGAGGCAAAAGAUAGGCAGCCUAAGGGUGAUGACUGGUCUGAUU